ACCGAGAGUAAUGAUGGAAGUCACGAUGACUCACGUGGCAUUUACACUCUACGAGAACUUGUUGCAAUGAUCAGAAAACUAAAGACUCACAUUAUCUUUAUCAGCAAAACAAAAAUUGACUCCACAUACCCUGAUAAUCAAUUCACAAUUCCUGGCUAUACCUUAUACCGCAAUAACAGGAAGAAGGGUGGAGGUGGCAUUCUGGUCUAUGUAUCAAUGGGCGAUUCCAGAAAAUAUCCAUACCAUACCACGGACGGCUUUUAGGAUUUCCGAAGGGGAGGGGGGGUUCACGAUUAUGGAAUUCUGAGGGAAUGGGGGGGUAUUUACGAUUGGAAAUCCGAAGGCAUGGGGUAACUCCACAGGUGGGAUUUUUGGAGUAGAAAGUGUAGAGUGAGUUCCUUGAAAACGCUAUUGUUGUGGACUUUUGUAGUUCGUAAAUAAACCACGAACGUAUGACCGCGGAAGCAGAAGACAAGCAUCGAUAGAUCAGACAUGUGUUUACGCUCAUAACUUAUAGAAGUGAACAGUAAAAUGUGGGUUUCACAUUAACCUUGAUGAAUUUCUUGUCACAUGAAAAAAAAAAUGGAAUAUGUAUCUUUCUGCUUGCAAGUUUCUUGUUACUCCCAUCUGAUGAACAGUGAAAAAACUCGCACCAGUCCCUGGCUUCCAAGGAACGCCUGUCAGAUUAGAACACUUUUUGUGCACACUACAUGACCUAUAAAAGGACACAACACGCCUCGACGGUAUAUUUGACUACCGAAAGAUUUUAACAGUCUGAAUUUGAGCUAUUUUGCUUUGUAAACGUCAAAACAGCACAAGAAAACAAAGAGGAGUAAAAUUGCCGUUAGUGGUGUUUAUUUUUAUUGCCAAAUUCGGACCUAAAAAGGAGUUUGCACAGCCUGUCUACUAGCGGUAGGUUAGAGUCUGAAAGCUUGUCGCCUGGCGCCGCUAGAUCACAGCCUUGAGGAGGCAUAAAUUCAUGUUCGUUUGUUCAUAUAGGCGUUGCUAAGUUGAAAUUGUACGUCCAAAAAAACGGAAAUUCUGAAGGGGAGGGGGGGUUCACGAUUAUGGAAUUCUGAGGGCAUGGGGGGGUAACGCAUUUUGGAAUUUCCGAAGGCACGGGGGGGAUAAUACAUGGAAGCCGUCCGUGGUUGGGUAUGGAUAUUUUCUGGAAUUGCCCAAUGCUACUACCAUGUAAAAGGCUGAGGAUCAACAGGACUUUUAAGACCUUGGAGCCUCUUGCAGUUGACAUAAGAGUUGGUACCACUGACAUGAUAAUAUCGUCCACCCAAACUGGUGUCAGGUAA